AUGGGUCGAAGCAUUCAUGUCAUUAUCCUCUUGGUAUCCCUGCUCGUGUCCUUCCCUCUCCACGCAAACGCAGCAGUGAUAAAACCGUACCAGCAGAAAGCGAUGCUGUCCGCCAAGAGCGCGUACGGAAGCUUCAAUGGAUUUUCCACGUGGAAAUCGGGCGCGGACUGCUCCACGUGGCAGCGCGUGCAGUGCAACAGCGCGGGUGACGUCACGCACCUCCACCUCGCGAACGCGAUGAUUCGCUCCACGGGCGUCGGCAUCGCGCCGUCCCUCUCCGUGCUCACGAAGCUCGCCUUCCUCAGCCUCUACAACAACAGCAUCACCGCCGAACUCGGCACCGUCCUCUCCACCCUCACUUCCCUGAAAACCCUUAAUCUUCAGCUGAAUCGCUUUUACGGGAGCAGCUCGAGCAGAAUCUGGAAAUUAACUCAGCUCACGUACCUCGAUAUCUCCCACAAUCUGCUCGUCGGGCCGCUCGGCGCGGGCCUGGGCGCGCUGACGAACCUCGCUUACCUGGACGUGUCGUCUAACUACUUCCGCGGCGCCAUUCCCGCGUCAUUCAGCAACCUCGUGAAGCUCAAAUACAGCGACUUCAGCAGCUGUUUCUUCACCGAGCUCCCGCCGUCCUUCCCUGAGCUCGACCCGGGAAACCUUACCUUCGCCGCGGAAAGCAACCUCAUCAUGAGCAUCCCCAUCACCUUCCCCGCGUCCGCCGCGGGCGUGUUCAGCAUCGACCUGUGGGGGAACCUGCUCGCGGAGCUCCCGACGGAGGUGGCGCUGCUGACGGAGCUCAAGGUGCUGAACGUGGCGGCGAACCGCAUCGCGACGCCGCUGGAGGACAUCGCGUGGAGCGAGCUGGUGGCGCUGGAGGAGCUGUACCUCGGCCGCAACGCCAUCACCGGCACCGUCCCCACGGACCUCGCGGCGCUCACGACGCUGAGGCACCUGCACUUCCACACGAACCUGCUCACGGGCUCGCUGCCCGACGAGCUGACGCUGCUCACGGACCUCGUCUCCCUGGACAUCGGCCUCAACACAGCUCUGGGCGAGGGGCAGGAUUUCCCCGUGGGGUUCAGCGAGCUGCAGUCGCUGACGCGGCUGGUGAUUAUCGCUGAUAAUUUUGCCGGGCUGCUGCCGCAGCCGUACUUGGGGGCGGACCCGGGGUUCUAUUUGGACGCGCGGAACAACUCGUUCACGGGGUCGCCCCUGGUGAAGGACGUGUGCCCCAACUCGCGGCCGAACCGGCUGCGCGUGGCGUGGAACUGCCUGGAUGACCCCGCGGACUGCUCCACCAACCAGCGCGUCCUCUCCGGCAGCAGCCCCGCGUUCGCGCAGACCAUCAAGCCGCCGCAGGAGUCGGCGCUGCUGAGCCUCAAAACGGCCUUCGGGUACUUCACGGGGAGCAGCACGUGGGGCGCAGGGAAGCCCUGCGCGAAUUGGCUGCGCGUGACGUGCAGCUCCGCGGGGGACGUGCUCCGCCUCAACUUCACUUCCGCCAGCAUGCGCUGGAAGACCGCGGGGAUCCCCAUCGCGCUCACCAACCUCACCAAUCUCGACACGCUUAUCCUCGCUAAUAACGAGAUCGUCGCCCCGAUUCCGUGGUACUUAUCGAAGCUGCCUAAGCUGAAGCGCCUCGACCUGAGCAACAACACGUUCUACGGCGGAACGAAUCAGAUCUGGACGCUCACCAAGCUCACCUUCCUCGACGUUUCCAAGACCCUCCUCCGCGGCGCGCUUCCGCCCGCCAUCAGCGGAUUGGUCAACCUGGUGGCUCUCAACGUCAGCGACUCGUACUUCUCUGGACCAAUCCCGGACGCGUUUUCGAGUUUGACGAAGCUGCAGUUCGGCCACUUGGACCGCUGCUUCUUCACCGCCCUCCCCGCCGCGCUUCCGGAGCUCGCGGAUGGCGCGCUCACCUUCACGGCCUCGGGAAACCUCUUCUCGGACAUUCCCGCCACCUUCCCCGCGUCUUCCGCCACGGUUGACACGCUGGACCUCUCGUCCAAUCUCAUCACUUCCCUCCCGACGGAAAUCUCCCUCAUGAGCGACCUGCGCCAGCUCAACCUGGCCAACAACCAGCUCAGCAUCGCGCUCGCUGACGUCACCUGGAGCGGGCUUCCGAGCCUGGAGGCGCUGAACCUGGGGUUUAACGAGAUCACGGGUUCGAUCCCUGCCGAAGUCAGUGACCUCUCCAAUCUCAAGUCGCUGCAGCUGCAGAACAACACCCUCAGCGAUGCCGUUCCCGAUGAGAUUGGAUCGCUGGUGAAUCUGACAGCGCUGGAUCUGAGCAACAAUGGCCUCACGGGUGAUCUCCCAGACAGCCUCAACGCCCUCUCCUUCCUGCUGCGCCUCGUGCUCGCUAAUAACCAGUUAACCGGCCCACUGCCCCAGCCUUACCUUGGCGCCAGUAGCAAGUUCUUUCUGGAUGCCCGCAACAACUUGUUCACGGGGUCGCCGCGCGUGAAGGGCAUUUGCCCGAACGCACGCCCAUCAAAGUUGCUGGUGUCAGGGAACUGCCUGAGUGAUGAGCCGGGGUGCACCACGGUGCAGAACACGUGUGAUGCGUGA